CGAGGGCUGGAAGCGAGCAGAGGGAGAAGGCUCUGCGGCGGCGAGAGGUCCUGCCCAGCUGUUGGCGAGGAGUUUCCUGUUUCCCCCGCAGCGCCCGGGUGAAGUUGAGUGAGUCACUCGCGCGCACCGACCGAAGACACCCCCACGCGCGCACACGCCCGGGGCAGGAGCCGGCCUCCUGCGCAGCUCCCCUCGGCCGCCGGGGGCCUCCCUGCGCCUCGCCGGCCUCCAGGCCCCCUCCCAGCUGGCAAGCCGGCGCCACAUCUGGCCCGCACAUCUGCCCGGCCGGCCCGGCGCGGGGUCCCGAGAGGGCGCGGCGCGGAGGCGCAGCCAGGGGUCCGGGAAGGCGCCGUCCGCUGCGCUCGGGGCUCGGUCUAUGACGAGCAGCGGGGUCUGCCAUGGGUCGGGGGCUGCUCAGGGGCCUGUGGCCGCUGCACAUCGUCCUGUGGACGCGCAUCGCCAGCACGAUCCCACCGCAAGUUCAGAAGUCGGUUAAUAAUGACAUGAUGAUCACUGACAAUGAUGCAGUGAAGAUUCCACAAUUGUGUAAAUUUUGCAACGUGAGGUCUGCCACCUGUGACAACCAGAAAUCCUGCAUGAGCAACUGCAACAUCACAUCCAAGUGUGAGAAGCCAAAUGAAGUCUGUGUGGCUAUCUGGAGAAAGAAUGAUAAGAACAUAACACUAGAGACGGUUUGCCAUGACCCCAAGCUCCGCUUCCAUGGAUUUGUUCUUGAAGAUGCUGCUUCUCCAAAGUGUAUUAUGAAGGAAAAAAAGGUGUCUGGCGAGACUUUCUUUAUGUGUUCCUGUAGCUCUGAUGAGUGCAACGACCACAUCAUCUUCUCAGAAGCUAAUAAUGACAUGAUGGUCACUGACGACAAUGGUGCAAUCAAGAUGCCACAAUUGUGUAAAUUUUGUGACGUGAGAUCUUCCACCUGUGACAACCAGAAAUCCUGCAUGAGCAACUGCAGCAUCACAUCCAUCUGUGAGAAUCCACGUGAAGUCUGUGUGGCUGUCUGGAGAAAGAAUGAUAAGAACAUAACACUAGAGACGGUUUGCCAUGACCCCAAGCUCCGCUUCCAUGGAUUUGUUCUUGAAGAUGCUGCUUCUCCAAAGUGUAUUAUGAAGGAAAAAAAGGUGUCUGGCGAGACUUUCUUUAUGUGUUCCUGUAGCUCUGAUGAGUGCAACGACCACAUCAUCUUCUCAGAAGAAUAUGCCACCAACAACCCCGACUUGUUGUUAGUCAUAUUCCAAGUGACAGGCAUCAGCCUCCUGCCACCACUAGGAAUCGCCAUCACCGUCAUCAUCACCUUCUACUGCUACCGCGUUCACCGGCAGCAGAAGCUGAGCCCAUCCUGGGAGACCAGCAAGCCGCGGAAGCUCAUGGAGUUCAGCGAGCACCUUGCCAUCAUUCUGGAAGACGACCGCUCCGACAUCAGCUCCACGUGCGCCAACAACAUCAACCACAACACGGAGCUGCUGCCCAUUGAGCUGGACACGCUGGUGGGGAAAGGUCGCUUCGCUGAGGUCUACAAGGCCAAACUGAAGCAGAACACUUCAGAGCAGUUCGAGACCGUGGCGGUCAAGAUCUUCCCUUAUGAGGAGUACGCCUCCUGGAAGACAGAGAAGGACAUUUUCUCAGACAUCAACCUGAAGCAUGAGAACAUACUCCAGUUCCUGACGGCAGAGGAGCGGAAGACAGAGCUGGGGAAGCAAUAUUGGCUGAUCACCGCUUUCCACGCCAAGGGCAACCUACAGGAGUACCUCACGCGGCAUGUCAUCAGCUGGGAGGACCUGCGCAAGCUGGGCAGCUCCCUCGCCCGGGGCAUUGCUCACCUGCACAGUGACCACACCCUGUGCGGGAGGCCCAAGAUGCCCAUCGUGCACAGGGACCUCAAGAGCUCCAACAUCCUGGUGAAGAACGACCUGACCUGCUGCCUGUGUGACUUUGGGCUUUCCCUGCGUUUGGACCCGACCCUGUCUGUGGAUGACCUGGCCAACAGUGGGCAGGUCGGAACUGCAAGAUACAUGGCCCCAGAAGUUCUGGAGUCCAGGAUGAAUUUGGAGAAUGUUGAGUCCUUCAAGCAGACGGAUGUCUACUCCAUGGCUCUGGUGCUCUGGGAAAUGACAUCACGCUGUAAUGCGGUGGGAGAAGUGAAAGAUUAUGAGCCUCCAUUCGGUUCCAAGGUGCGGGAGCAUCCCUGUGUCGAAAGCAUGAAGGACAAUGUCUUGAGAGAUCGAGGACGACCAGAAAUCCCCAGCUCCUGGCUCAACCACCAGGGCAUCCAGAUGGUGUGUGAGACUCUGACCGAGUGCUGGGACCACGACCCAGAGGCCCGCCUCACGGCCCAGUGCGUGGCGGAACGCUUCAGCGAGCUGGAGCACGUGGACAGACUCUCGGGGAGGAGCUGCUCUGAGGAGAAGAUUCCCGAAGACGGCUCGCUGAACACUACCAAAUAGCUCUGCCAGAGCAGGCUGGGCCACAUCCCAAGAGGCCGCCCCUGUUGCCAAAGAACAGAGGCAGCAGGAAGCUGCCCCUGACCGAUGCUUCCUGGAAAACCAGGGGGUCACAAUGAACUCCCCUCCCUGUGAGCUGUGGGGCUGAGCAGAAACAACAGCAGCAGGGAGUGGGUGACAUGAAGCAUUCUAUGCCUUUGACGUUGUCAUAGGAUAAGCUGUGUUAGCACUUCCUCAGGAAAUGAGAUUGAUUUUUACAAUAGCCAAUAACAUUUGCACUUUAUUAAUGCUUGUAUAUAAAUAUGGAAUAGCUAUGUUUUAUAUAUAUCUAUAUAUGUCUAUAUCUAUAUAUACAGCCAUACUCUGGAAAGAGACAAGGAAAAAGAUCAAAUAUUCCCAGGAAGUUGGUUUGAUUGGAGAGCUCCAGAGCCAAGCGCAGAAGGAAGGGAUCCGUGCCAGCAUUAGCGCCUCACCAUCGCACAGGCGAUGGUUCUCUUGACUCCGCAAGAGGGGGUUGGCGUUAGGAGGGAGGCUCUGUGUCUCAGAGCCCGCUAUGGCCACAUUGCACUUGCUUUUGCAAAAUGAUAAUUCCCUGCACAUGGGUCCUCUUCUGGCCACAGAGCUAACUAUAGUUACACUGUUUGGGGACCGGAUCGUGGGAUUCCUGUGUGCCAUUGUUUCUCCUGGACUUUUUCUCCUGGACUCUCCAAGCCUCACAUCUGGUUUGUGAACCACCUUCCUCAACUAGCUCAGAAACUCUGUCUAUCUCUAAUAGCUUAAAUGUUUUGAGCCCCAUUUUUUACCUUCGCAGCUGCAGAAAAAUCAGAAGGACAAAUUUCUCCACCCACUAGUUGCCACACCUUCUACUAAUAAGAAACUGUUCUUUUCUUAAAAUUUCCCCCCUGUAGCUAUGUUACCAUUCUCCAACUCGCUGCCCUUCUCCUUUUCCUAAAAGGUAACAAAUCACCCCUCCAGUGUUCAUUGUGUUUAAUUUUUCUUCACGCUCGGUUUGAGUUGCUAGCUUUCUAUGCAAACACCAGUAGGUUCCAUCUUCCUGGGCUCCUGAAUGCCCAAGUACAUUUUGGCCUGGUGGAAAGGAUUUGAGCUGCACAGCACUGCCACAGUCAGGAGCAUUUCCUCGGGCACAGUGAACAUGUGUUUUGCUUGGCCAGCAUAGUGUUUCACAAAAUUGAGCCACUUUUUAAAUAUUUGGAGAUUUUGCAAAAAAUCUGGAUCCCCAAGUGAGAAUAGACAGCAGAUGGUUUCCAGUUCUUUCCAGUCCGCAUCUUUCACAAUAUGAAGAUGUGGACACACUUAGAAAGCUACUUCACUUCUCACUGUAAAUAUUUGCAUUUUCUGCCCACCCCCACCGCCGUCUGGGAAUUAACAUACCCCUAACCAGGGUCCCUUGUAAGAAAUGUGUGUUGAAUCAGUCAUUCUCUGGCUAUACAUGAUUUUGAUACCAUCCCUCUGCCCGAUCCGGUGUUAGGGUUUGAAGUCGGCCUUUUUUUGGACUAUAGGGGACCUCCUAUAAAUGGUCCCAGUUAACUCAAGUCUCUUUUGCUUACGUGCCCCUCCAAAUGGUCCCAGUUAUCUCAAGUCUCUUUCCUCUCUGCAUUGGGGAGGGGAGCCCUUUACUCCAAGAAGCUUUCGUCAUGGUUACCGGUCUCUCGAUCAUACCAGCCUUUCCAACCUUUGCAGAAUUUGCCAGCGGGGCCUUGAAUGUGGGACAUGAGUCCCAUUCGCAGUUACGAAAUCUGUGUCCACAUGGACAAAAACAAAGAAUGAGCUUUAAUACUCCAUAGGAAACUUGUUAAUCCACAAACAAGUGUGAAUGCUGCAAAUAAUCUCUUUUUAAAAAAUGUUUUUGAAGCUACUUAUUUUCAGCCAAAUAGGAAUAUUAGAGAGGGACUGGCAGUGAGCAAAUCAGCUGUUUGGAUUUGGGAAGGUCUCAUCUCAUUGGGGUUUUAGCAGACAUGCUGAAGUUUGGAAUUAGGUAGAACGUUUAGGCACCCUGUUCAGUGGGGGUGGGCUGAGAGAGUUAAGGACUGUUUGGCUGCAAUACCAUGGAAGUGCCCAGAAAUUCUGUGCACCUUAGGGCUUGUUGACACCAUCCCAAUAGCUGUUGCUCAUUGACCUCUAGUGGUGAAUUUCUAGAAUACUGGUCCAUUAAUGGGCUCUUCCAAGAUUCAAAAGAGCUUUGUAACUUCUGAGUCAUCAUCUGCAUAAACUGGAAUGUAGUAUCAGACGAUACUGUGGCUUGUUUUGUUUGUGUUUUUUUUCUUAUUCAAGAAAAAGACCAAGGAAUAACAUUCUGUAGUUCCUAAAAAUACUGACUUUUUUUUUUACUACUAUACAUAAAGGGAAAGUUUUAUUCUUUUAUGGAACACUUCAGCAGUACUCAUAUAUUAAAAUAGGAAUGUGAAUGCUAUAUACUCUUUUUGUAUCAAAUGUCUCAAGCACUAAUUUUCAUUCUAUGCAUUGUUUGUCUUUUAUAUAAAUAAAAUGUUUAUUAGAUUGAAUAAAGCAAAAAUACUCAGGUCAGCUUCCUGCCUCC